AUGGGUCAUACACAGCUAUUUGAUGAUUUUGAAAGGAACCUGUCCAAGGCUGAAAGUGCUUCAGUCAUUGAGACUCGUUAUGUGUGCAUGCUUCUCAAGCUUGACUAUAUUUCAUGGUUCUACAACACCUCAGCUAGCGCUGCGCACUGGGCACUACUUGCUGGAUAUCUGGUUGUUCCGGGAACAUUUACUUCUCUUCAGAAGUCCGACUUUCUCACGGAAGGUCUGGAAACGAACCGCACCGGAAAAGCCAUCCUCAGCAUGAUUCAGAAUCCGCCCCUCCUUGCUAUUGCUUGCUUUUUGAUGGUUCUGGGCUCAGUAUUGAUUUCUUGGCUCACCUGGGAGCGAAAGGAGAAUUACAUAUGGCUCGUAAACCGGUUGUUCAUACCAGUCCUCUUAAAUGCGAUAGCUGGGUUACUCACCACUUUCGUCAAUGUGUAUACGGCGCAAAAUGGGGAAUGGUCAAUAAUGGCUGUUUUGACUGUUGUCGUCACCCGGGCGUCUACGGCAGUCUCCUUGAGCUUGACCAUAAUAUACAAGUUCGGGAAGCUAGAGAGGGUGAAGAGAGAGCAUGAGAUGGAAAUAAAGGCUGGCUUCCAUGUGGUUUCGCACAAGGCCAGCCAUCCACCUACUGGCAAAGUGGGACCUGGCAAUCUAGAGAAAAACAGUGGCUAG